CAGUUUUACAUUACUCCCGUGCAACAACAUCAAACAAAAAGUCAGUUUUUGUUUUAUUACCGAACUCGGUGCAUCCGUACAAAAUCCAAAACCAAAUGGAUUAAAAAUGUUAAAAUUGUUCGAUGGCUCCCCACGAAAAUCCCAGAAAACCGGUCGUCAGAAAGUUAUUUCAAAAUGAAGAAAGCAACGAGGAUGAAAACAUCGCUGAACAUUUCAAUGCUUUAGUAGAAAGAACUGCCCAGGAACUCGCCCAGGAAAUGCAGAUGGCUAGGGAAAAAUGGAAUUUUGAUUUUGAGAACGAAACCCCGUUAGAAGGCGACUGGGAAUGGGAAAAAGUGGAAAACUAGGAGCCAUACACCACCAAAUUAUAUCGCGGUAUUUAUUGUGCAAUCAUUAUAAUGAUAAAAUGAUUAUUUUUUAACUAACCAAACUAAAAAUUGCAAUGUUAACCUAGUCCGAUUGGUUGUGUUUCUGAUAAUUAUUUAUAAAUUCUAGUUUUAGUAAACCAAAUACGGCUAAUUACCAAAAAAUUGUACAUAAAUUGAU